GGAGGUUGGCAGGGAUAGGGUUCCGCGCCGCCUCCCCUUGGCCCGGCCGCCGCCUCUGCGCGCGGCCCCGCGGCCGGGCAUGGGCUGGGGCUACAGGCCAAUACGAUGAGUGCCCUGGGCAGCCCGGUGCGGGCCUACGACUUCUUGCUCAAGUUUCUACUCGUGGGCGACAGCGACGUGGGCAAGGGUGAGAUCCUGGCUAGCCUGCAGGACGGCGCGGCCGAGUCUCCGUACGGCCACCCGGCAGGGAUUGACUACAAAACCACUACCAUCCUGCUCGAUGGCCGGCGGGUGAAGCUGCAGCUCUGGGACACGUCGGGGCAGGGAAGAUUCUGUACCAUAUUCCGCUCCUACUCUCGGGGUGCACAGGGUGUAAUCCUUGUCUACGACAUUGCGAACCGCUGGUCUUUUGAUGGCAUCAAUCGAUGGAUUAAGGAGAUUGACGAGCAUGCCCCCGGGGUCCCUAAGAUCCUGGUGGGGAACCGGCUCCAUCUGGCCUUCAAGCGACAGGUGCCCACGGAGCAGGCCCAGGCCUAUGCAGAGCGCCUGGGUGUGACUUUCUUUGAGGUCAGCCCUCUCUGCAACUUCAACGUCACAGAGUCCUUCACAGAGCUGGCCAGGACUGUGCUGCUGCGGCAUGGGAUGGACCGGCUCUGGAGGCCGAGCAAAGUGCUGAGCCUGCAAGACCUGUGCUGCCGUGUGGUAGUGUCCUGCACACCUGUGCACCUGGUGGACAAGCUCCCACUGCCGAUGGCCUUGCGAAGCCACCUCAAGUCUUUCUCCAUGGCCAGUGGCCUGAAUGCCAGGAUGAUGCACGGCCGCUCCUACUCUCUGGCUGCCAGUACCAUUCACAAGAGGAGCAGUUUCCGCAAGGUGAAGGUUGUCUGCCCACCCCAAAGCCCUCCCAAAAACUGCACCAGAAAUGGCUGCAAAAUUUCUUAAGGAAGCCACUAAAAAUUGACACACUGGACUCUGUCCAGGAGCAACUCUGAGUAGUCAUGCCUGGAGGACGCUGACACAGCCUAGAUCCAGGAAGCAUGUCUCGCUUUCUCCUGGUGAUAAAGCUGCAUGGGGAUGCCUGUGCCACUUCCUGCAGUGAGAACAUACAAUUUAGUUUGACUGCGGACUUCUACUUGGACGUGUAUGAAGUCUGUGUUUCAAAUGAGUGUGUAUAAGGGGAAAAUGAGUGUUCUGUGCACUCCUGAUAAUAUGGAAUGUUGAAUGCUACUUAUGUCAUGAUUGCACUGCAACACUUUCUUUAAAAUAAUUGCUUUUAGGCCUGGCAC